AUGGCGGACGCGGAGCGGCGCGUGCAGUCGAUGCCGCACCAGCGUCUGGACCGAGACCCCUCGCGCUUGACGACGUUCCCGAUCCCGGGCUUCAUGGCGUCCACAUUCCAGGAGCCCGACGCUGACGCUGCUGGCGGUGAAGCUCCGAAGCCUGCCGCGUCGCCGGUGAAGGUGCGGCCUCCGCCGAUGUCGGCUGGCAACCGGUACUGGAUGCCCGACCACCUGUGUAAGGUAUGCUACGACUGCUCCGCGGCCUUUUCUCUCUUCCGACGUCGUCACCAUUGCCGACUGUGCGGCCAAAUCUUUUGCUACGAGUGCAGCAACAACUUCGUGGACGGGGCGCCCCAUGGCUUUCCGAACGCCAUCCGAGUGUGCAAGUUCUGCCUUCAAUUCGCGGAUGCCGCUGGGAAGAAGAAGACAAAGACGAGGGAGAACGAACUCGGUCGGAGCUCGAUCGGCAGCUUGGACGGGAAUGACACGGCGAACGAUUCGUUUUCGAGUCGGUUUGAUCGCUCGUCGCACCGGUUGAGUGGAGAGCUUGGCGCGAAGAAACCGUCGCCACUGGUCUUCGGUCCACCCGUUGACCCAAACGAGUUGCCGGCAUCGUUGCUAUCACCCGUCGACUCGAACUCAAGCGACCCCGCGGGCUUAGAACCGAAUGCAGACCCAACGAGUGCUACAACGGAGUCUGUGGAUUUCUUCGAGGAAUCGGACAGCGUAGAAGUGAAACGGAGGUUUCGUGCGCGAGUGCGCUCCAGGCGGAGACAUUCCAGCGCGGAGUUGCUGGGUGCGAUUGAAAGCGGGGGGUUAAUGGAUGCGGAGCUGCUGGCUCUUACUAUGGGGCGAAGCAUGGCGUCUCCGAAAACAACAGAGAUUGCGACCGUCCCUGAAGAGCCACAGUCAGGGAAUGCUGCUCACAACAGCAACAGCCUCCACACACAGCGGGAAAUGGUGCUGGAUAAGUACAUGCAAAACGCACACGAGCAAAUCCGGACUGGGAUCAAGAGUUUGGUGUCGUCGAUACCUGACAGUUUGCCGGAGUCAGAGUCGAUGGAUACGCAGCAUCUGGCGGUGACGUUGGAAGACAUGGCUUUUGUCGUGACGGGCCACUUGCUCUUCAGUAUGAAUUUCCGCUCUCCAAGUGGCUUCAAUUACACCAAUCUCGUGAAGGUGAAGAGCAUUGCCAUGCCCAAGCGCGCUCACACGAGCAAGAAGGAGCCGAGUUACAAUUUUAAGUGGCUGGCUGGAACAGUUUGCCACAAGCACUUGAGUCACAAGCAAAUGGCACGCCAGGUCGUGAACCCUCGCAUCCUGCUAUUCGCCUGCGGGAUUAGUUACGACCGCUCUAAUGGUACGGGGCGCAUGAGCUCGCUCGAUACUUUGCUGGAGCAAGAAAAAAGUUACAUGGCCAUUCUCGUUGACAAAAUUUCGGCGUUGGAGCCAGAUGUGAUUUUCGUGGAGAAGACUGUAUCACGAUACGCCCAAGAGCUGCUGUGUGAGCGCCGAAUUUCAAUCGUCCUGAACGUAAAGAGUGAAAUGCUGCAUCGGAUCGCUCGCCACACUGGAGCUGAAGUCCUUACAUCAGUGGACCAUGUCGAUAAGGCAGAUCCUGCUAAAGUUAUCGGCCGGUGCCGAACAUUUUCGGUGAAAUCAAUCCCCACUGUUCCCGAUGAAGGGCUGUCACCAGGAAAGAAAUCGCUGCAGGCACUUGCUGGUGUGUUUAUGAAGGCUCCUGCUGUGCCUAGCAGAUUACGAUCCGACACGUACCUAUACCUUGACGGAUGCGAUCCCCUCAAUGGCUGCACAGUGCUUAUUACUGGGCCGUCAAAGCAGACGUUACGCGUACUCAAACAGUUGACUCGGACGGUCUUGUCAAUGACAUACCAAUUGCUGCUGGAAGCUCACGUUCUUUCCGAUCUGGACCUGAACAAGAACAUGCUGAUGUCGAAGGAGAGUGCAGAGCUGGUUGAAGAACAACGCACCACGUGGUGCACUACGUCAACGUUACGUGUCCGUGACCCUGGUUCGUCAAACCCUCGCUAUCACCAAUGCGUUGAAGCGAAACAUCUUCGCAUUACAGCUUGCUCUGAAGACGACGUAUCGUUUGGUAACUUUCUAAACCAAGAAUUGGCAGCACUCACUCUAAAGUGCCAGAAUGUGAAAUGCAAUCGUUUGAUGGCGGAUCAUGUUCAUUCGUUCAGCUGUCGGACUGGAACGAUUACCAUUUCCUUUGAGGAGCUACCGGAUAAAAACAAGCAGUCGCUGUCAUUGUCCAUGAGUCAAGUGAGCGACAAUGGAGCGACUGAUAAAUCAUUUGGGUCAUUCAGCGAGCUGUCUUUCACCAUGGGGUCUGAAAGGGAUAUCAACUUACAGGCGAUGAUGACACCAAACUCUUUUUCGCAAACGUCGAUCAAUGAAGAUGAAACUGCAGUAGCUGCGGUGAAUGGGUAUCCGACGGUCAUUUUCUGGCGAUGGUGUCGUGAAUGCAAUGGCGUGAUCACACCUUUCAUCCCGUUAGAGAAGUACAUUUACAAGUACUCGUUUGCGCGAUUCCUGGAAGUUCUCUUCUCGGAAGCAGACGGACCGGCAGCGCCAAUAUCGCCGACGGCAGACUGCACACACUCUUCUAUGGAGUCGCAUGUGCUUUUCUUCAACAUUGGGAACUCUGUUGCCCGAUUCGAUUUCUCAAAACAGGUAUCACUUCGUCUCGGUCGUGCAGAUUUGCAUCGAAACAAUGGGGCAUUCCUCAAGAAUCCUUCCUGGGAGAAAACAGAGCGCGCGGUGGUGGAGAAGGUUGUCACUAGUCGGCUGAAAGAAUUGAAUGAGCUCCUGGAGUCGCUGAUCAGCUCUUUUUCGGAAAAGGUGCAGGGCAUCAACCAGGCCGUUGAAGCCUUUGAACGAACUGAUACGGGGCACCACGAACGAAUCCUUCUCGAAGUCAUGUGCAUCUCGAAGUUGGUACGAAGUGGAAACGCGGUUUUCUCGCACAAACUGGAACGACUGAGCGAGGAGCCAGCGGACAGUUUGGGUGCUUGUGACGCCACGCAGCGCGCGUUGUAUUUAAUGGCAUGCAAGUGGAUCGCCUGCAUGCUACGACUUCGCAAGCUUAUUAAGAAGCAUCUCUCGACCGAGGGUACUCCCCCAGCUCCAAAUAGCGGGUCGUUUACUCUAGGAGGGAUCACCUUCCACCCAACGGCUGUGCUGUCACCGAUAUCGUCCCCUCGGGUCAUAGAAGAAUCAACACUGACGCCCAGUGCAAUUGUGAAGGAGCCCGAUUGGGGUGGAGACCCUGAACCGUUGGUUCGGCGGAGGAGUAGCGGGACUCUUAGUACUGUGACGGAGUCUGAAGCAUUGCCAGGGAAAGCAGUGUCUUCUGCUUCAACUAUUGCGAGCCUCGAGUCGUCGAAGAGGCCAUCAAUACCGUUUCCCGCUCAUUCCAGCAGCUGUGGGGAUAUGAAGGAGGGUCGAGCUGGUUGGAAGGAGGCAUUGUGGGAUCUCUACCGCGUUCUCGGACGAUCAGAACCAGGGAGUGACUUCACCAUCGAACUUCCCGACGCCUUAAUUGCUGGUCAUCCUAGUUUACCGCAUCGCUCGAAGUCGCGAAUCGUGCUGGUAAAUGAAUCCCAGCCGAUCACAUGCGUUGCAUAUGCUCUUUCGACGGACUCGUAUGAGGAGGAGCUGGAUGGGUGGAAACUUCGCGUUCAUAGCGAAGCGGUGGAGUCGGCCGCUUCGCACAAGAAGAAACGUGACGGAUCAAGUGUGAUAUCCACAAAUUGGUCCCGCGCUGCUCUCGAGACAACCCUGAAUGCACCUUUCAAGUUCGUUUCGGUCGAGAUGCCACUGCACCUAUCACUUCUCUCAGGAAAGGCUUCUUCUACCUCGUCAAGCACAUGCUGGGAGAUGUCGACCAUAGCUUACUACCCGCUUCAGUUCGAAGUGCUCCGUGAACUAUUUUAUGGCAGUCUCCACAGCUUCGUUUUCUCGAUAUCUCACGUCGCAAAUUGGAACGCCAACGGUGGCAAAUCCGGUGCUUCGUUCUAUCGAACACUUGACGACCGCUUUGUUAUCAAACAUAUUUCGUCAACGGAAAUGCAGAGCUUCCUGGGCUGCCUUCCGGGCUACUUCAAAUACAUGGCCGCCAUCUACUUCGAUGGCAAGGCUAGCCUCUUAUCUAAGACCGUCGGACUUUAUCAGACAACUAUCACCCGAAAGGAUUCUGGACAGAAGGCGGUACAAUACAUCUGCGUCAUGGAAAACGCGUUCUACCAAAAGCAGCUCGCGCUGACCUAUGACCUGAAAGGAAGCUCUCGGAACCGAUUCGCCAAACCGCGACCAAGUUCAGAAGCCCCGCAAAAUGGAAGUCGCGUCCUCCUCGACGGUAACUUUUUGGAGUUCACCAAAGGCCAUCCCGUGGGCGUACUGGCUGAAGACCAUCAAUUCCUGCUGAAGGCGGUGCAGAACGACACCGCAUUUCUCUACUCCAUUAACAUCGUGGACUAUUCAAUGGUCGUGGGGCUGAGCUAUCGGGAAGACGUCGUGGAGGAGAUCGACGACGCCCCAUCCGAAAUGACAGUUGGAAUCAUCGAUUACCUGCGCCAAUUUGAUCUGAUCAAGCGGGUGGAGAGUGUUGGCAAAUCCGUUGGUAUGAUCGCUGGACAGUCUUCCCCCACUAUUAUUGAGCCAGGGCUCUACGGAAAGCGCUUUCGAGAUGCUAUACGCCGAUAUUUUAUGCCGGUAACUCCAAUAUCCUCCGGCACGAAUGAUGAUAAAUAA